ACACAGUCUGCAGGCCCAUGCUGCUGCAGUGAGAGAGCGGUGCAUCUGGAAGAGAGCUGGCCGGCUGGGGAGGUGGAGGACGGGGGAAGAAGAGGAAGGAGGCUCCGGGAGCAAAGCGAGACAAAAAAGGGUCAGGCCCGGGAACUCGGGGAGAAUCGGGAGAGCGGAGAGAAGAGGGAUCAUCAUUCUUUUUUUUCUUUUUUUUCCUCCUUUUUGAGUUUGAUUUGUCCACCUCAUCUUCUUACAUCCACCCUCAUCCAUCCCAUCAUCAGACAUCAAACCCGUAAGCCAAACUCGACGAUGCCGUCCAACACUGUCACCAACACUAACACCGCCGCAUUCAAAGGCUCAGACUAUGCCGAUUCACCUGGAAACAGAAUGGGUGAAAGCACAAUACUGGACAUGGACCUCAUGACAGAGGAGAAGUCGACUAAAAGUAGUGCCUCUUGUAAAGCCGGCAAGCCUGGAAGAAAGCGCAAGCAGUUCUCAGUCGAGAGCUGUGGCUCUUUCAAAGGCAGUGUGGGUGUGGGCAACAGCUACACCGGGGUGGGUAGGCCGUCCAUGGCACAGGUCCACAAUGGAGACGUGGGUGGGCACAGAGACAGGACGUCCGACGCCUGCUUCCCUAAACAGGAGAAGAGGGAAGUGGAGAACGGGAUCCCCAGAGACCCUUCCUCCUGCCGGGCAGAGGACAGCUCCCAGGGUCAGAGCCGGAGCCCGUCCCAGGAGAACGGAUUCCUGCCAAGCCGCGAAGAGCAGGACUCGGAGAAAGACAAGGACGACAGCCUGACGACGCCACGUAAGAAACGAGGGAGGCGGAAACUGGAGCGCCCGACGAAAUAUGUGGAGCACAAGGAGGAGGACGGGGGUGAUGCAGUCAAGACUGAGGCAGGUCGAGGCAGGCUGCGAGGGGGAGUUGGUUGGGAGAUCAGCCUUCGUCAGAGGCCCGUGCCCAGAAUAACCUUCCAGGCUGGUGACCCUUAUUACAUUAGCAAGAGGACCAGAGAGGAGUGGCUGGCCAAGUGGAAGAUGGAGGCAGAGAAAAAGGCCAAACUGAUGUCAGCGAUGAACGCGAUGAAGGAUCACGAGGAGAAUGACAGAGAGACCCAGAGAGAAGAAGUCUCAAUAAUCAAACACCCGUCGCCUUCAAAGCUGCAGCAGCAGCAGCCUCAGCUGCAGCAGCAGCAGCCUCAGCUGCACACUCAGUCACAUCCUCAGUAUCAACAGCAAUCACAGCCGUCGCUGCCACAGCAACAGCAGCACCAGCCGCCACCUCAGCAGCAGCAGCAGCAGCAGCAGCAGCAGCAGCAGCAGCCUACUGACCCCGCUUCCCCCACUGUGGCCACAACCCCUGAGCCCGUCGCCAUCGAAGGUGGAGACAAGACAUCCCCCAAGUCUGCAGACACUGAGCCUGAGUAUGAGGAUGGUCGUCAUUAUGGCAUCGGCGAGCUGGUUUGGGGGAAGCUGCGAGGGUUCUCGUGGUGGCCAGGCCGCAUCGUAUCCUGGUGGAUGACGGGACGGAGCAGAGCUGCUGAGGGAACCAGAUGGGUCAUGUGGUUUGGAGACGGAAAAUUCUCAGUGGUUUGUGUAGAGAAACUUUUGCCUUUAAGCUCCUUCAAUAUUGCCUUUCACCAACCGACGUACAACAAGCAGCCCAUGUACAAGAAAGCCAUUUAUGAAGUGCUCCAGGUGGCUAGCAGCCGGGCAGGCAAAGCCUUCAUGGCCUGCCCCGACAGUGAUGAGACAGAAACCUCCAAAUCAGUGGAAAUGCUGAACAAGCAGAUGAUUGAAUGGGCUAUGACAGGAUUUCAGCCCACUGGACCCAAGGGCUUAGAGCCACCAGAAGAGGAGCGUAACCCAUACAAAGAGGUGUACCCUGAGAUGUGGGUGGAGCCCGAAGCAGCAGCCUAUACACCUCCUCCUGCCAAAAAGCCUCGCAAAAGCACAGCAGAGAAACCCAAGGUCAAGGACAUAAUUGAUGAGAGGACACGAGAGAGGCUCAUUCAUGAAGUGAGACAAAAGUGCCGCAGCAUAGAGGACAUCUGUAUCUCCUGUGGAAGUCUGAAUGUCAGUCUUGAGCACCCACUGUUUGCUGGAGGAAUGUGCCAGAGCUGUAAGAACUGCUUCCUCGAAUGUGCAUAUCAAUAUGACGACGAUGGUUACCAGUCAUACUGCACUAUCUGCUGCGGAGGACGAGAGGUGCUCAUGUGCGGAAACAACAACUGUUGUCGGUGUUUCUGCGUGGAGUGUGUCGACCUCCUCGUUGGUCAAGGGGCGGCACAUGCAGCCAUCAAAGAGGAUCCGUGGAACUGCUACAUGUGUAAUCCGAAGAAUGCGUCUGGUCUACUGGGGCGUCGCACCGACUGGCCCUGCCGUCUCCAGAACUUCUUUGCAAAUAAUCACGACCAAGAUUUUGACACACCAAAGCAUUACCCCCCAGUCAUGGUGGAGAAGAGGAAGCCCAUUCGUGUCCUGUCGCUAUUUGACGGCAUAGCAACAGGGCUGCUGGUGCUGAAAGAACUCGGCAUCGAAGUGGAUCGCUACGUAGCUUCUGAAGUGUGCGAAGACUCCAUCACUGUGGGUAUCGUCCGGCAUCAGGGUCGCAUCAUGUACGUUGGCGAUGUGAGGAACGUCACGCGCAAACAUAUACACGAGUGGGGUCCUUUCGACCUAGUUAUUGGUGGAAGUCCAUGCAAUGACCUCUCUAUAGUGAAUCCCGCUAGGAAAGGUCUUUAUGAGGGCACCGGGCGCCUGUUCUUUGAGUUUUACAGGCUGCUCCACGAGGCUCGGCCAAAAGAGGGAGAGGACCGGCCUUUCUUCUGGCUCUUUGAAAACGUGGUCGCCAUGGGCGUCAGCGAUAAGAGGGACAUAUCUCGCUUUUUAGAGUGCAACCCAGUGAUGAUCGAUGCCAAGGAAGUGUCCGCUGCCCACCGCGCCCGCUACUUCUGGGGUAACCUUCCUGGCAUGAACAGGUUGGUGUGUGAAUGGCCUUUGAGUGCUAUGUGCAAUGACAGGCUGGACCUUCAGGACUGUUUAGAGCAUGGCAGGACGGCUAAGUUUGGAAAGGUGAGGACCAUCACCACCAGGUCUAAUUCCAUCAAGCAGGGCAAGGACCAGCACUUCCCUGUCUACAUGAACGAGAAGGAAGACAUCCUCUGGUGCACUGAGAUGGAGAGGGUCUUUGGCUUCCCAGUCCACUAUACGGACGUGUCCAACAUGAGCCGACUGGCGAGGCAGAGGCUCCUGGGCAGAUCAUGGAGCGUCCCGGUUAUCCGCCACCUGUUUGCACCACUCAAAGAUUACUUUGCCUGUGUUUGAGCGGCGGGGAAAAACUCACUCGGAACCAUUUAGGAACUGCAACUUGUACGUUGUGACUAGAAAUAAGAGCCUUGAUCCUCAGAUUAUACUCUCGUAUAAUUUGCAAGCGAAACAUUGACGUAGAUUUCACAUUAUUUCUUGUAUUUGAAUUGUAAUUCUUAUUCUAUUUAAUUUUGAUAUGUCAUUUUACCUUUUAGCAGUGUUAUCAAGUAUUGUUGAUUUGUUUGUGCAAGCUAUACUUGAGACUAUGCUUUCUUCUCAAGACACUGAGACGGGAAAAAAAAAAAAAGCUAAACAUGUAUUUUAAGGGAGACGGUAACACGAUGGGAAAGACCCCGAAAGAUAGGAAACAGUCUUUGAGAUAUGUGAAAUGUUUCUGCUGUGUGAGCGUACUGUACGUCGGGGGCUGCGAGAUUCCCACCCGCGGUGCAGCCAUGCUUCCAGCUACUGAGCCUCACAGAGAUGUGAAGACAAAAAAAAAGGCGAUUUUUUUUUUUCUUCAGUGUCAGGAAAGCUGCGUCUCUAAGAAUCCAAAACACCAGAUCACAUAUACCUCUUUGUUUACAGUUUCUAUACACAACUGAAGGUAAUAAAGGUACUACUGUAAUAUGGUUACAAUACCAUGGUGCUCUAAGAUGAUAGGAAACAUCAUAGCCCAUGUGGCACUGACAACUUCAGACAAUAUGGAGCUCUUUCAGCUGAUGUGUUUGAUGUUUUUACACUUACAAUGGAAAAAAAAAAAAACAGUUCUGUUCUGUGCCGUUUUUGUUCACCUCAAAGGAAGCGCUGGAGUGACAGACAGUAGACUGCAAAGAGAGAGAGAGAGAGCGUCUCCUCUUUUCUGCAUUUUACAGCUUUUAUAUACAGUUUGUACUUGGUGCUCAUUUAAUCUCUCAGCCUUGCCACGCUCAGGCUCCACUACCUGGAUCUGCACAAAACAGAAAGUGAAGCUUAGCCACAUGGGAAAUGAUGUUUUCUGUCAUUCAAAGAAGAAAAAAAAAAAAAAACAUAAGAUCAACGUCUGUGAAACUAUUUUUUUUUUUUUUCUUCGAGUUUCAUCCUGACCAAUGACAUUACUGUACAACUGUUAGCAAGUGUGGUCGCUGUAAAAGGGAGGGAGGUUUGACCAAGGCCGGGUAACUCUGCUCCUCAACUUCCACCUCUGUAAACUGAAAAAAACUGAAAAAAAAAAAAGAAAAGGUGCAAAUCCUCAACAAUAUGGUGCGGCUUCACAAAGUUCUUCUACCUUUUUAUAGCAAUUUUGUGCUGUUUUAUCAACAUUAUAAAGCACUUUUAUAUGUAUACUUUCUUUUUUUUCUUGAUAUUUUAAAAAAAAAAGAUGAUAUUGGUUCUUGUGAAUUGUUUUUUUUGUUUUUUGUUUUCGUUUUAUGAUGUGAAUUGAUCUACCCGCGUGUAAUACUUUUUGUAUACAGUAGGGCUGUGCCAAUAGAAGUGAAAGAAUGGAUUUUGAUAUGUGAAUCCCAUGUUAUUUGACUCAUUGUACAGUAGAUGGAUUGACAUUUGUAACCCCACACCCAUUCCCCCUUUCCCCUUUCCCUCCAUCAUCCAUAUUGUUCUCUGUCUGAAAGCAGCGAUACAGUAUGUUACUCCCCAGAUUCAAAGAAUGUCUAUUUCUAUCAAGAUUGUAAAAUGUAAGACAGAGUUAAAGAACUCUGUCAUGCGCUUUGUAUAAUAUUUUGUCCCUUGUGAAGGACAGUCGGCCCUGAUAAAUUGUAGUCGUCAUGUUGACAAAUUUUUAAAGUGCCGAUCCAAAAUUUGGAUCGCGUUCACGAAAACUAAAUUCUCCUGAUUGUAACCUCUUAAGCUAAAUACGGAGGAUUUAGGCUGCAGUUUGUCAAAACGAAAAACUGACACAGUGCUCGGCAGAGACGUCGGCACUCAAAGAGUAAAAGAGGGUAAUAAAGACAGAUGCUUUCGCUUAUCUAUAUCAUAUUUAAGAUUCAAAAUUUGAAAUUUAAUUUCUUAAUGUAAUUAAUUUCUUAAGUGACCUUAUUGCCAUCAUUUUUAAUCCAUGCACACACCGGGCUCAAUAUGAACUCUGUUCUUGUGCUUUGUGAUAUUUUAACCAGAUGUUAUUCCCCCCUCUCCUCCUCUUACGACGCUUAACAUCCCCUCAUGUUUGUACAUUUUGUACAUAGAGUUUUUUCCGGUUGCUGUUUUUCCAUUUUUGUUUUUAUCUUUUUUUUUUUUUACGUAUGAGAUGUACAAAUAUAAUUCUUUGCUAAUAUAUAUCAUCAAAUUAGGACAAAUGUUUAGGUUAAUAAAAAAAAAAAUCAAGUGACAAAUUUGAUUCAAAACUUGCUUUGAGCAUUAGCUUGUAGGGAAAGACUCCAAGUCGACUUUUUAUCGUACUGAUUUGUUUGUGUCAAGUGAAUCCAGAUUUUAAUGUCAUGUGAUCUUAAUAGUGGCCUAUGGACAGCUUUAAGAUGAACGGUCUCAACUUCACUGCACAGCCCUACACGGUGGUGUUUGUUUGGUUUUGUUUUUGUUUUUUUUGGCUUCUGUUUCCUUUUGUAAGACUUUAAAAAAAAAAAAGAGGGAUUGUAGGUGUUUCCGAUGGUGCUAAACAUUUUAUCUAAUCAAGAAAAAUAUAUUUGAUUGGAAAAGAGAAAUAAACAUGUCUUGACAAUGACUGUUUUUAAGUUCCUUGUAGUAACGGGAAAAAAAAGAACUAUUAUUUCACUCAUAUAAAUAUAUUAACAAAGGCAUUUUAACUUUGUACUUGAAAAAAUAAGGAUAACAAAUAAUGAAAGGUUUCCUAUAUUGUUUUAGACUAGAGAUUGCUGUAGUUGGUGCUUAUCUGUGGGAAAAUCUUGUGAGAAAAAAAAAACAACGGUAAUAAGUUUUACUGUAGCAUAAUGUAUGCUUAAUACGCAUUUGCUUCUUAAUCCUACAUUCCAUGCCGUACUAUUCUCCAUGUCUGUUUCCAGAAUGUUGUUUUGAGUUGUUUGUUUUGUUUUUGUUUUUGUUUUUUUAUCAGAAACAACAUUUCAUUUUUUUUUACUGUUCAAGGCAGGUCAAUAAUUCUAUAUUCGGUGAUACUGUUGACACUCUGUGUGACUUUCUUUCUGUCAUAACUGUUUAUGGCCUAUACGCUUUUUUCCUCAAGACCAGUUCGUACAGCAAAUGUAGCAGUCAUUCUCCACUUUGAAUCCCACCUCCUCCCCACCCCCCACUCCUCUUCCUCCUCCUCCUCCUCCUCCUCCUCCCAUACUUAUGUUUAGUGUCCAGAGAGAAGAUAAUGGCUCCGUAUGUACUUGUGCUGGAGAACACUUGAAUAAAUGUAUUGUUUUUGUGCAGAAA